CAAAAGUCCUCACGGCACCGAGCGGACCGCGAAGAGCUGUCCCUCCUGCGCCUGCACGCUCGUCUUUAAGACGGGACAACUGUCUCCUGGACUCUGACAGCUCGUGCCGCCUCUGUGGAUGCUGCGCUUGGAAACUUUUCCUGCACAACUUCCACCUCCUUCUGCCUCUGCCGCGCACAAACCCAGAGUCAUGGCAGAGAAGCGGCGCUCGCCGUGCGCCAUGAGCGUCAAGGCGCACGCGUUCUCCGUGGAGGCGCUGAUCGGGGCGGAGAAACGGCGCAGGACGAGCGGAGACGGAGGUCUGUCCCCGGAGUACGAGGACAGACUGGAGGUCACAGAACUGCCGGAGAGUCCGGGACUGAGACCCGGCAGGACGAGCACGAGCGACCGAGGCAGCGAGGCGGACUGUCCGAGCGACGGCUCCCCAGAGAGCGAGGACCCGCUGCCGGAGAGCCCGCAGCCCGCAGCUGUGCGCGCCGCGCCGCCUGGGCCCCGCACGGAGGAGGAGACCCGCGUGGAGCUGCAGGGCUCCGACCUGUGGAAACGCUUCCACGAGAUUGGCACGGAGAUGAUCAUCACGAAGGCUGGACGGCGGAUGUUCCCUGCCAUGCGCGUGAAGAUCACAGGCUUGGACCCCCACCAGCAGUAUUAUAUUGCCAUGGAUAUAAUCCCAGUGGACAACAAACGAUACAGGUACGUGUAUCACAGCUCCAAGUGGAUGGUGGCAGGGAAUGCGGACUCCCCCGUCCCCCCCAGAGUCUACAUCCACCCAGACUCUCCAGCUUCCGGAGAGACGUGGAUGCGUCAGGUGGUCAGCUUCGACAAACUCAAACUGACCAACAACGAGCUGGAUGACCAGGGACACAUCAUUCUUCACUCCAUGCACAAGUACCAGCCCCGAGUGCACGUCAUCCACAAGGAGUGCGGAGACGACUUGUCUCCAGUGAGAGCCGUUCCAGUCGGGGAGGGCACCCGGACCUUCUCCUUCCCUGAGACCGUGUUCACCACCGUCACGGCGUAUCAGAACCAGCAGAUCACGAGGCUGAAAAUCGACAGAAACCCGUUCGCCAAGGGCUUCAGAGACUCCGGCAGGAACCGGAUGGGUUUGGAGGCGCUGGUCGAGUCUUACGCGUUCUGGCGUCCGUCUCUCCGAACACUCACGUUCGAGGAUAUUCCUGGCAUGGGAAAACAAGGACUCCCAGGAGCCCAUGCAGCGGUUGGAACACCCUCUCAUCUGCUCUCCACAUCGCCAUGCUCAUCGCCGUUCCAGGUGUGCCCUCUCAGCCCACCGGACUACAGCUGCAGCCGACCCACACACCCCCUCCACCGUUACGGCAACCCCCCCGAGCCGUUUCCUCCUCCCAGAGGUCCAUCUGCUUACGACGGGGAAGGCUUCUGCUCCCUGACUCUCCCUGCAGCUCAGCUCGGCUAUCUAUCCAACCAUACCCCACAAGGUUACACUGGGCUUCGCCUUCAUACGCCACCGUACAGCCUGUACGGUUACACGUUCCCCCCCUCACCCCGCCUCGCCGCCAGCCCUGAUAAAAUGCCCACCGCUGCCACUGCCAGUCAUCAGAGCCCCUUCCACGGCUCAUCUCCCAAUGGAACUUUAACAGACAGUCUGGGUGUGCUCAGCGGAGGACAGCAGGGCUUCUUAUUCGACUCUCGGACUUUAGGAAUGGCGAGCAGCCAGACGGGAGGUGGGGUGUCGCAGGUCACUGCCCAUAUGGGAUGAACUAUAAUUCUUGCCACGAAAAUACAACAAAACCCUGGGAUUGGUGCAAGUUUCUUACGGUUUAGAACAUUCUGUGUUGACACCAUGUUUAUCUGUGGACAACAAAGUAAGAGUGACAGAUUAAAGUUGUAUCUGGGGUGACAAUACUUUUCAGUCCUUUUGAACGUGGUUUCUCAGACGUGCAGGCACAGCUGCAAAGGUAACUAGAGGAACAAACACCAAGAAGGAGUCAUGAAGCCAUCGAGUAAAACUGGAGCUGAAAAUAAACUGGACUCA